AUGUUCCAUCCGGUAUCACGGAACACAAAAGAGAUACGGGGUCUUGCCAACAAAGACUCCAAAUUCCCUCGGUCCCCGUUACUUCCCCACAAAAUCGCACCCUCGCUUGCCGCAAUGAUCCCCCAGCUUGCCAAUUCGGGCCGUUCGGUCUUCAUUGCUACUUCAAUUCUGGUCGCUGCCACGACGACCGCUUUUGGACUUCGCGUUUGGGCUAGACUGCUAAUCAAAGCCUGGGGCAACGACGAUUGGCUUAUGCUAGUUGGUCGGCUUCUCUUCUUAGCGCAACCAAUCGUCACUCCAUUCACGCGUAUCGGCAGCUACUACUCCCACGACCUGGCGGAAGAAGGUAGUAGCCUUACAAUUGCAGAAUACGAGAAUAGUCUCAGAUGGCACUUCUUCGUCGGCCUGCUAUAUACAGUGAAUACCACCAUUGUGAAGUUCUCGAUCUGCUGCAAGUUUCUAGUGUUCCUCAAAUUAUAUAAACUUGCUAAAGAGAGCCGCAGCGCGUCCAUUGCUACGAUUGCUCGAGUACCAUUUCUCUACAGGUAUCAAGACCCCGAUGACUUACUCGCCAAGCUCCCCCCUAUCGCCGUUUUAUCAAACCUCAAGAUCAUGCUGGGUAUCUUAGCCGCAUGCAUAGCGACUAUGCAAACAUUACUACGAUACUUCCCUUGUCUGGGUGCUGAAAUAGUAUCGUAUGGAAGCGAAGGAACCCCACACAAGGUCUACAAGAUACGUGACCUGGGUACGGAAAGCGGCAUACAAGGGUAUCAGGAUGAUUUAGACAGACUUGAUAGUCGAGCCUUCAUGCUGCCUCAGCGUCCACCUGGUGCCCAGGUUGGACGCAUCUUCGAGGUUGGAUGA